CUUAUCGACUAGUCUAUAUAAUAAUACGCUUGUAUGAGUAAACAUGCGAGUCCACGACACGCAAAGUACGGGUCACUUAUUUAUGACGUGGCGUUACGCUAAAAUUUACCAAGUUAAAAAAAACGCAAAUCAGGGGGUUACUAUAUAAUCAUUUAAUUCUUCUUUCUUAUUACCUUAAAAAUAAAACUCUAUUUUACUUUAUUUUAUUGAAACUAUUUUUUUUUAUUUUUAAACGUUUUUAUUUGUUUUGUUUUUAUUUUAAAAGCCCCACGGAGUCGUUAUAAAUAUAAUAAUUUAAUUUUACCCCCCGAUUAAUGUUCACGCCGUAUCUAACGGAAACAAGUUGUUUAUCAACUGAAAAAGGAAAAGCGGAGCGAAGAAGGUUGUCUGUUUUUCAAAGUAAUCCUGGAAAAAGUUACUUCAAACUUUGUUUUCUCAUCAUGAGGCUACCUAAAAAUGUCAAGAUUUAAUAGAUUUAAAAAUUCUGGAGCCCCAGCACCUCCACCAACGGCUACAAUGCCUUUAAAUUUAAUACAAGCUGCAACACCAACUGCAACUACAACGACAACUGCUGCCACAGCUGCAACAAUAACACCAGCUGCAGCAACAACAACAACAACAACAACUCAAUCAGAGCAAGGAGGCCGCAACGAUGUAAGCUCCACCUUCAUUACCAUCCUUUAUAGCCUCUAAUUCUCUCGCAUAUUGUCAUCACCUUAUUGCAGAAAAAGUUUUAAUCUUAAUAUAUUAUUUUCUCUAUUUUAGAAUCUAUCCUACCGAGCAUAGCUGCGGUAUCGCAGGCAUAAUCCAGGGCCCAGUUCCAGGGCGUCAUACUUGGUGUGGCGUCGCCUCGGGGGCAGGGACCGUGAGGGCUUCCGCUGGCGGGAGCGGCCUGGGCCCUCUACACGUGAAGAGGGGGCAAGAUCGAUCCUGAUAGAACAGGGGCAGUGCUCUAUCAAAGUGGAAUACCGUUAAUUGGUGACCACUUUGAUACAUGAAAUCUUUUAAUUAAACUAAUUUACUCACCUGUUUGUCAGUGAUCGAUAUCACUCACUUUUUAAUGUUAUUUAUAGUUUAUUAUUUUGAAGUUCCAUUAUAUUUCCAGUUUUAUUAUAUAGUAUGCAUUGAAGUUCAGCUCUUUGUCAGUCCUCUGUGAAAGUUUGCUUGCUUUUUUUAUAGUUUGGCAUUAAAUACAGUUGUCUCAGUAUCAGUUUUAGCCCAUAUCAAUAUACCACUCUCAUUAUUUUGCAGAUAACGUAAUAGUGUUUGUAGUCUUUUGCAUAGUUAGUAUCAGUAUUUCUAAUAUUCAUAGUUUAUUUAAAAAACAUACGGUACUUAAAAACCAUUAGCUCUUUGUCAGUCUUUUAUAAAAGGGUUGUCUGCUUUUUCUUAGUUUCGCAUCAAAUUCAAUUGCCUCAGUCUUUAGUCUUAGCCAAUAUCAAUAUUUUGUAGAUGACAUGUUUGCAGUCUUUAUGCAUAGUUAGUAUCAAUAUCUCUAAUAUUCAUAAUUUAUGUCAAAAAAUAUCAUACGUAAAAAUAUUUUGUCAAAAAUUAAAAAACUCAGCGUUGUUUCUAUCUUUAUGUUUAGUUCUUAUUAUAAUAUAGUUAUUUUAGUUCGCUUUGUUAAUAAUAUAGACAGUUAUUAUAUUCAAUGUUACUAAGUUCUACACAAAGCCAUUGUAUAAUUUAUCUUGCCCCUGUCAUAUCACUACCUCUGUAUAUGUUUGCACAUAGCUACAUUUAGCCAUUAAAUUAGUUCAUAAUUUACAUUCUCUCUAAAAUGGCUACAAUGAGGUUGAAGAUUAUCCAAAAACUUUUUCUUUGGAUAACCUUCUGGCUAAACUGAUACCCCUGUGAGAAGCAGCUAAUACGGACAUCAUAAAUGUUCGGGGGACCAGCAAGCCUGAACCUAUUAAAUUUGUAUCUGUAGAGUGUUGAUUUGUUCCUCUUUUUUGUAGAAAACAUCACGCAUGGGUUACUAUUCGAGCAAUCCACUAGGAAAGUUUAUGCCUAUUUUAUAAGGUUCAAAAUUGUUGGUAAAGGGCAGUACGGAUUAUCGCGUUAUUUCUAACAUUGUUAUUAUCCGUGUUGUGACUGUCAGUGUUGUAACUGUCGGUGUUCUUACUGUCGGUUUUUUAAGAUUUACGUCAUGUAAGCAAGCACAUCUCUUUUCUUCUCUCUGCCAACCCACGCAACUUAACAAUUGGCGACGAGAAUUUUGUGAGGGAAGAAGAUGACAAAGCUUAUGCAAAAUAUACCCUUCGUGGAACCGUUUACAAUCGAUAAAGCAGCCACAACAAAUUUAGACAAGAAAUAGCAAUCAUACUUAGAAGAAUUUGAAUUAUUCAUAACAGCAUCUGGCGUGAGUGAACAAAAACAAAAAAUCGCACUUCUGCUUCACCUUGGUGGUAGAGACUUACGAGAAGUCUACAAAACAGUAAAACAAGAAAACGACUCGUACAAUGAAGUCAAAGAAAAAUUAACGACGUAUUUUAUUCCGAAGAAAAAUAUAACAUGCGAACGAUUCCUAUUUAAAAGUGCAACACAAGAGCUCGUUAAGAAAGCUCACCAUGGUUGCUGGUUUUAUCUUUCGCUUUGUAAACAAUCUGAAGAACAAAGCUGCUAACUUACAACAUCAAAACGUUACAGAAGAAACGCUUACAAAAGAAGAAUACGAUGCCGCAUUCACAAAGCUCAUCAGAGAAGAACAACGAAUUCUGCAACGCCAGUCAGACUUUGGAAAGCUUCGCAAUUCGCUUAAGCUGUUUGCUGGUGACGACGAUGUUCUUCGGUUAAAAGGAAGAUUUGAGAAUUCCACGCUAACAUCCGAUGACAAGCAUCCAAUUAUACUUCGAGAUGGCGGAAGCAGUUUUACGCAACUGGUUAUAUGGGAUGCGCAUCAACACGUUAUGCAUCAUGGUAUCGAAUCAACAUUGGUCUACGUCAGAAAAAUGUUUUGGAUAGUGAAGGGAAGAAAGUCUGUGAAGAACGUCAUUCGAAAGUCUGUAAUUUGUAUUCGUUUUCAAGGAAGAACACUUAGACCGCCGACAUCUCCCGAUCUGCCAGAGUUUAGGAUUGAUAGUUUUUCCAAAUCGUUUAAUUGCACGGGUUUAGACUUUGCAGGUUCUUUAUUUUAUAGGAAUUAUUGUAAAUCUAGUAUUUGUAAAUCGGACAGUCUAAAAUGUAAUAUCCUACUUCUUACAUGUGCCACUAGUCGUGCGAUUCAUUUGGAACUUGUAACCGAUCAGUCUACCCAUUCGUUCGUUCGAGGUUUUCGCAGAUUUGUUUCACGAAGAGGAACUCCGAAUACUAUUGUGCACGAUAACGCUAAGACCUUCAAAUCGACAGAAGUAAAAAAUUACAUGAUAAAACAUGGAAUUAAGCAGUGUUUUAUUUUGCCAGCAUCACCCUGGUGGGGCGGUUUCUACGAGAGAUUGGUCCGUAGUGUCAAAACAACAUUAAAGAAAACGCUGGGACGGUCGUUGUUAACGUUUGAAGAACUCCAAACAACGCUGUAUGAAGUAGAAACAACGAUCAAUAGUCGUCCAUUAACAUACGCAAAUGAGGAUGACCUCGACAAAGUUUUAACACCAAACCACCUGAUUUAUGGAACGGACAUUCACGAAAACGACCAGAAAUUCGACUCUAUUCUGCAAUAUGAGGACUUCUCAAGACGUGUUCGUCAUAUUCGACUUACUUUACAACAUUUCCGUGAACGAUUCAAUACCACGUAUAUAAACGAACUUCGUCAAUCUAAUCUUUACCGAAAAGAGAAGACUGAAAAUAAACGAAAACUAGUGGCAGGAGACGUAGUUUUGAUUAAAGAUGAUUCAUACUUGUUGCCAAACCCGAACCGGCAGUACAACUAACAAAUAAUGAAAAGCAUGACAACAGGCACAGUACAGGAAGGAGGAGUACAAGAAAGGCUGCAAUUGAGGGACAGAACCUGCGAAGAUUACGUGAACAAUAUAAAUGAAUAUUUUUGGUCAGGGAAGAUGUAGAAGUUAGGAUUGCGUAUUGCGCAUUGCGCAUGUGUAUAUAGUAUUGUUAUUGGAUAUAUUUGGUCACGUGCUUAUAUUCUGUGUAUUAACGCUACCUCGUGUAUAUUUUUUCUCUUGCAAAUAGCCUUUCGAGAAGGAAGUAGAGUUGUGUCUUCUAAUCUCGUUUUUACACACGUUUUA